UGCAAAAAGUUAAGAUUCAUAUUAAAUAAACAGACUUAUCCCUCUUGGUUUCUCCUGGGAGUCUAUCUACUAUUAAGUACAGAACCUGAGAGGUCAUCUUGACUAUUAAUCUUCUCAGCACCCUACAAAAUAUUACUACUCAGUCAGGGCAUACGGCACAAUGGCCCAAGUACCUAUGACUUGGCUAAUUACCGGCUGCUCCAGCGGCUUCGGUACUCUAUUUGUGCGCCAACUUUGCGAGCAAGGAGACAAUGUCAUUGCCACUGGUCGCGAUGCCGAGAAAAGACUCGCUCACCUCAAAGAUACCGGAGCGACAAUCUUGGACCUCGACGUGACAGCGCCACCAGACGUUAUUGCAGCUAAGAUGGCUGAUGCCUGGAAUUUGUAUCCAUCCGGUAUCGACGUAGUGGUGAAUAAUGCCGGCUAUAUUCUAAGCGGCGCCAUCGAAGAAUUGACACAGGAAGAUAUGGAGAAUGUCUUCAAGACUAAUUUCCACGGUCCGCUGAACAUCACUCGCGCACUUCUGCCUCGAAUGAGAGCCAGAGGAACAGGCACGCUUCUAUACAUAAGCUCCCAAGCAGCGUGGCAUGCCGAUCCCAGCGCUGCUGGAUAUUGCUCAUCCAAAUUUGCCCUUGGAGGUGCGAUCGAAUGUCUCGCUAAAGAACUUGCCAUUUUCGCCCCAGGAUUGAAGUUGUUGAUUGUCGAGCCCGGUUACUUCCGCACGAGCGCCUUCAAGAACAUAAGGAAUGUAGACCCCCGUCAACAAGACUACGCUGGCUUCAAUGCUGCCGUGCGAGCUGCUGAAGCUAACAUAAUUGGAAACGAGCCGGGAGAUCCGUUUAAGGCAGUUUCGAUCAUGAUUGAUUUGGUAAAAGGUACUGGCGUGGCAGCUGGAAAGACUGUACCACUUCGAGUUCCUUUAGGAACGGAUGGCUGGGAGAAGAUUAGGGCCAAGUGUGAGGAUAUGUUGAAGAUUUGUGAUGAAUGGGAGAAAGUGGCUAAGAGUACUGAUUUAAAAUAGCCCAUAAAUAUACUAAUAUAGGUGAUGAGCACAUACAUAUAAGUUGGUUUGUCUGCAUUGAUAGGAAUUCCUUUCUUGAGCAAUUUAACUGGCUGAUUAUCCAGGUAGUGUUAGCUUUGACAGUAUUGUCGUUGUUAGUCCUGUCUACUAAUAUGAAUUUAUAGCAUAGCAGCUUGAACACUAUAAACUUGCCCUGUCUAAUAGUUCAAGGUAAUGAUGACACGUUGCUACCGGCAGUUUAUUGCCGAGCGACUCGUACCUCGUGAAUGGACAUAUCGUAGAUCACAUCAUGACAAGGCAUCGCCUCUUAUUGUUGAAAGGCACGAAAAAUGAGUGGCCACAA